AUGCAGGUGUGGAGGUUUCUGCCGCUUCUGCUCCCCAGAGCUGCCAAGGUGGAAAUUCUCUCCAGCGGCGAGGAGAACGGAGUCCUAGCUGCCAGGGGAACCAUCCGGGUUCGCUACAGCGCGAAGCGAAUCUUCGAAAGCCUCUGUGAUCCAGAGGAGAACAAGAGGAUCUUCGAUAAUUGCGCCUCGGUGAAUCUCCGAAGGCUAGUUCAGGAGGACGAGGAGUCCAAGACGCGAACCUUCGAGGUGAGCAAGACAGGCCGCUGGACUUUGCUAGGAAUCCCCAUCAACUUCGAGUCCACCGUGCUCGCCAAGGAGGACUGGAAGAAGUACGAGAUCAGCUUCAAGCUGAAGAAGCAGGGUGCGAUGAAGCACAUGUCAGGCUUUUGGCGUGUGGUCCCCGUCAGCCAGGACGAGGCUAUUGUCCUCUUCUAUAACGAGGCCAUCCCGUUCAUUCGCAUUCCCUCCAUCUUCCGGGCCUUCGCUGGUCGUCUCAUCCGUGAGAUGGCAGCUUCCCUGCUGGAGGAUCUUCGCACGGCCAUCGUCCGAUGGCAGGCUGAAGAGGCUGCCGGUGUGGUUCGAAACCUGAACUCCUGGGAGCCCGGUGACAUCGAAGUGCACCGGCAGUCGAUGGAGAAGGCUGCCCAGCUCACAGAAGGCUGA